GGCUGUGACAGUUGCGAGAGUCACAAACGUCCGUGCUUAAGUAGACUGCUCAAACUCACUCUCCCACUCACACACUCACCCCAGCAACCUUGCAGCAAUCAGCACAGCGCCUUAUGGAGCCAAAGAUUAUCCGAGAGGGCUACCUGGUUAAAAAGGGCACUCUACUGAACUCAUGGAAAGCAGUUUGGGCGGUGUUAAGUGAUGACGGACUGGAGUUCUAUAAGAAGAAGACCGACAACACCCCCAAAGGAAUGAUUCCCCUGAACGGGGCGAAGCUCAUAAGUCCAUGCCAGGACUUUAGCAAGAGACAGCUUGUGUUCAAAGUCAGCACCUCGAAGAACCAGGACCACUUCUUCCAGGCGACUCACUUGGAGGAGAGAGAAGCUUGGGUGAAAGACAUCAAGAGGGCCAUCAGCUGUUUGGCAGGUGGAAGGAAAUUUGCCAGGAAGUCCACACGCAAAUCCAUUCGCUUGCCGGACACAGUCAACUUGAGCGAACUUUAUGUUUUAAUGAGAGACUCAGACAAUGGGAUUAAAGAGUUGAAGCUUGAGAAAGAAAAGAAGAUCUACAACCACUGCUUCUGUGGCAGUACCGUAGUGGACUGGCUGAUGUCCGAGGGGAAAGCCCGGAACAGGCCGGAAGGGCUCAUGCUGGCCACCGGCCUGCUUAACGAGGGCUUCCUGCAGCCCGCCGGGGAGCUGUCCAAAUCAGGGGCCGAGGGUGGCACCGAGUCACUUCUACUGGAUCAGCCUGAAGCCUUCUACUACUUUGCAGACAGUGGCUUCUUUUGUGAAGGUUAUUCAAGUGAUGAGGAUUCGAUUGUGAAAGAGGAAUUCCGAGGGGCCAUCAUCAAACAAGGAUGUCUACUCAAACAGGGCCACAGAAGAAAAAACUGGAAGGUUCGGAAGUUUAUUCUCAGAGAUGACCCUGCAUAUCUUCACUACUACGACCCAACAAGAAAUGAGGAGGAUCCCCUCGGCUCCAUUCACCUGCGUGGUUGUGUAGUGAGUGCAGUGGAAUAUGUCCCCGAUGCUAAGAAGUAUGACGUGGAUGGAAACCUCUUUGAGAUCAUCACCUCAGAUGAGGUUCACUACUUCCUACAAGCUGCUACACCAGAGGAGCGUAAGGACUGGAUCAGAGCCAUACAGACUGUGUCAAAGACUGGGAAGUAGGGGGAGACCCCCCACAAGUAUAAUAUGCAGAAGACAUAGACUCUUACAGACACUAUUGUCUUAGUUAUUUAUAGGAGUGCAUCUGUGUGUCAUGCUAUCUAUUCUCAUUACAUGCACUGCACCGCAUAUUUCCUGAUGACUGUGUCUGCAAUCUUCCUUAUUUGAUGGCCACAUUAACAGAAACAAGCUGACAGGAUGUUAACGUUUGUGCGGCAGCAUUAUUUUUCGUUCUUUGCUGCCACUCUGUUUCAAUUCAUGGCCGGAAAAAAGGGACAACAACUCCAUGGUUAACCACUAACGUAUCUUCAGUCCAGCCAUUUCCUGUUCACUUUGUUAACACAUAUCAUUUCCUUUUGCUCCUGUCUUGUCACUCUGUGGUGUAAGUGAAAAAUGACUUCUGCCACACUCAUGUCCUUACAUAAACAAUGAACAUCU